GAUACGAGCUGUCACCUAGUGUCAGUGGUGUGCGGUGGUGACACCAUCGUAUACCUGGAUGUUUGAAAGUGUGAAUAAAUAUUGGAAAAGUUUGAAUUUUGUAUGAAAUUGGAAAAAAUGGCUACUAUAGGACGAACGAUAACUCCAGCUGGUACAGAUGGAUCCGAUUUUGAACAUAGACAAAGGGUGGCAACCCAUUAUCAAGCAAGCGCAUUGAAUAAGUCAAGACUGAAAUACUGUAUUUUUUUUCAUUACCUGCUGUUCUUUGUUAUGCUUGCUAAAUUGUCUGCUGAUAUUCUAGACAGAUUAGAUAUAUUUAUCCUAGAAAUAGAAGAGUUGGAUAUUCCUAAGCCAUUAUGGUGGGAAUAUAUUUGGUGCAUCAGUUUUCCACUAUCAUUUUUAGGAUUAGAAGCAAUAAAAAAGAACAGAGUAUCUUUAAUGAGGUACUACAGGCUUGGCGUUCUCUUAUUUGCAUUGGUUCCUAUCUGUUAUGCUGGAGUUUAUUAUUUCUUCGACGUUUGGACCUACCUCAAGCAUGAAGUUGAAGAAGAUCUAGAAAACAUUGAAUGGUGGCAGGGUUAUCCAUAUGGUAUGCUAUGGUAUGCAUUCUUGAUCGUGGCCCUUCAAAUCCACCUAUUCACUUUGCAUUUUUCCCAGAAACUUCUCGACGCUUGGUUGGCUAGGAUUUCAGGAAGGAAGCAGGAAUAAAUCCUUGUACAGUUUGAGUCUUGUUAACUAAUUCAGAUAUUUAAAUUAUUGUUCACUGGGAAUGUGUUUGGUGUUAAUAUGGGAUUGGGUGGAGAAAAUAUAGAACGAUAGAUGUGAAUAAAUGGACCUUUAUUUGUCUUCUGAAAGACUGCUUAUACUGUCAAAAUUCACUUCAGCGUGGGGAACUUUUGUACAUGUUUAGAAAUAGUAUCAUAUAAAUUAAGUCAUUUAUCAUACUUACGAUGCCUAACAACAUCAUUUAAAGAAAUACACAGAUUUGUUUCUCCAACAGUUUGCUGAUAAUGCGAAAAUUAUAUUAUGUAUUUACAUAAAUUAAACGUUUUUGUGGUGUUUGUAAAGGCUAUAGCGGGAUAAGAUGAUAAAAUCUGCGCUCGGCUGGAUGCUUAUUUAGGACUGGGAACUCGAAAAUACAAUUUUAAAGCCCCCUUUAGCUCUCUAGGCGGCCCCAGGAGUCUCCUAUAUAUGUUUUUCUAAAAAAAAUUUCCUGAUCGAUCCUUUGCUUUAAAAGUCUAAAAACAAUCAUGAACAUACAUUCUUAUACCCCCGAACACUCUGAUUUUUUCAGCUUAUUUGGAUCAAAAGUGAGCUCAGGAAAAAUAUUUUAAUUUUUCAAUAAAAUUUUAGGAUAUGUACGUAAUUUCGGACAAAUUUCUAACUAAUUAUUUCUCGUGUAUUUGUAUAAAUUUUGUAUUUUUCGUGUAAUAAAAAAAAACGUUGAAAAAAUGUUCGUUGAAAAAAAUGUCAAAUAUGAAAUUAAAUAUUAUAUUUAUUUUAUAAAUUUUACAUAUAAAUGAUAAUAUUUAAAUGAUCAUCACCAUUCGAAUGAAGGGGACGGGGAAACAAAAAUCGUUAUUUGGCACAUUUAAAUCAGAUUAUGUGCUUAAGAUAUGAAAAAAAAUCACCGAAAAAUGCAGUUUUUCGAAUUUAAAGUAUGCUUUGGUCUGAAAAUGGCCAACAUGACCCUGCUAUUAGAAAACACGGAAAAAUAGAUGAAACAUCGUUCUUCAUUCAUAUGCAGUAUCUAGGGGUUAUGCUAAAAACAAGGGAAACAAUAUAAAAAAGACGGUUUGUCGUAUUUUGAGCUUGUUCUGGUCUGAAAUGGCAAGCCUGAUUUUGCUAUUAGAACUAACCAACAAAUUUAUCAAAAAUCGCUAUUUAUUAACAUGCGUUUGAAUUCGGCCAUUCAAAAGAACGGAAAAAAUACACGAGAAAUAAUUAUUUAGAAGUUUUCCAAAAAUUACCUACAUAACCUAACACUUUUUUGAAAAAUUCAAUUUUUCCUGAGCUCAAUUCUGAAAAAAAAAAAUCAAAAGUUUGUGGGCAUAAAAAUGUAUGUUCAUGAUUUUUUUCACAUUUUUUAUACCAAAGGAUUAUCACUCAGAAAAAAAUGUUUUUCGAAAAACUCAUUUUUUGCGAUAGGGGACCCCUGGGCCACCUAGGGAGCUAAGAAUCUGGUCACGUGAAUUUUUAAAUAUGCACUUUCGAGUGCCCCAUCCCAAAUAAGAAACCAGUGCAGAUUUUAUCAUCUUAUCCCGCUAUAGCCUUGACGAUGCUUUAUAAUCACUAGAUUUCCAAACCAAACUAAUUUCAUUUUUUAAUUCUUUAAUGUUCUUUUUUAUUUACACAUUUUGUUUAAGUACAUUUAAUGUACUAAAGGUAUCGAGUGUCCAAACCAAACUAAUUUCAUUUUUUACUUCGUUAACCCUUUCGUUCACGAAUUAAAUUUCUUUAAGCUAAAAAUCUGAAAUGUGCAACAGCGCGAGAAUAUUUGCAAAUUUUUGAUUACAUUUUCAAAAUGCACAGUUUGGUCACUACAAGAUGUCCUUAUUUGGGGAUAUCGUGAGCCAAUGGAGUAAAAAUAUUAGAUACAUUUUUUUUUAAUAUGUACUGACAAAAAACAAUAAUUUAUUCAAUAAGUAAUUUUCAAUAAGUAUCUUACAAAACAAUUUUUUCUUUACUUAUACAGCGAUGAACAUUGCAUUGUAUAUACAUUAUCUACACCAGUCAUAAGUAAAUACAGAAACUUAUAUUUCAACAAAUUAAAUAUUUUGUUCAGAAGCUGUAAGAUGUCAGCACAAGUACUCAUUGGACAUAAUAGGAUGUCCAUAAUCGGGGACAAUGUGUUACAAGGGUAAAAACACAUGGAGCUACGUACAAGAAAUUAUAGAAUAGGUUGCCCUCGACUGAGGACACGGUGGACGAAAGGCUUAAUAUCCUUUUUUAUUUACACAUUUUGCAGCGUACAUUUUAUUACUGUAAAUACGUGUAUCAAAUCGUUUAACUGUUGAAGAAAUAAACCUAAUCUUUAUAAGACUGUAUAACUGUGGGGACCUUCUGAAAUUAUUAUAAGUCAAUUUAACCAACUCAAAAAGUAGAAUUUAAAUAUUUAGUAGGUUCCCUAAAAAUGAAGUGCGUUAUUAAAAGAGAACUUAGAAGAAAAUGGAGGUCUAAAGGUUAUGUGUACUGUAAGAACUAAAACAAUGUCAGAUGAUACGUUAUAUAAUAUAUUAUACCUAUCUAUCUUGAUGAUAAAUAAUUAUAUUUGGUCUAAUCUGCACAGAUAAAUUCACGAGUAAACUCAGCCAAAUGGGGUCGAAAAUUGUAUGGGGAUUUUAAUCCGAAAAUGUAUACUCCGAGCUCGAAGAAGUAAUAAAUAUUCGAAAGGCGGCUGCGCGCGGACGCGCCGUUGCCAAGUCUACGUAUAUGAACUAAAACUCAAAGUCACAGUGUAAAAUUCUUUAUCAAUUAAAAUGUAGUUUCGACAAUUUUCUCAUCAGACCAAAAAUAUGUUAAUUUAUGUAACAAAGGUUAAUAGGUUAAGGAUACACAAAAAUUAAAGAACAUGUAAAUUGAAAAGAAACGGUAAACAGUAGUAAAAACUAACAACAAAAAUUAAAAAACAACCUUCAUUAAAUUUGUAAAAAUAAAGUUAUUAUAUAGAGGAGGAAAAAAUAAUUAUGUGCCGCAAUUAAUUUUAAUUAACUGCGGCAAUAAAAAAGAGCAAAAUUUGGUUUCGUUCCGUAGACUUGGCAGCGGCGCGUCCGCGCGCAGUCGGCUUUUGAGUAUUUAUUGCUUCUUCGAGCUCGGGGUAUGCAACCUUUUCGGAUUAAACGAACCCCCAUACAAUUUUCGACCCCAUUUGGCAGACGUUAGCCAAAUUCACUGGCACUUUUUUAUUUCUACAAUUUAGGGGAUCGGCCAUGUGGUAUGGACAUGAUCCUAUUUUCUUAGCAAAUUGUACUUUUUUCACUUAUUUUUAAUAUUUUUAUAUACUCUUUUGAGCAGAAAUGACAUUAAUAUGCUUCGAAUUAAUUAAUACCUUCUUCAAAUGAUUAAUUUUCAAAUUCUUGUUAUUAAUUAAUUUGGUCCAUUGUGUUAUUAUUCACUCACGUACAGAAAUAUUGCAUACUUUGAAAUUAAAGUGUGAAAUAAAAUUUUUUGUGCUGCCCACAGUGUCAUAGCAAUAGGAUUUCUUUUCCGAAUCCGAAAGCAUCAUACAAAUGGUAUAAUCGGAUUUAAAUUUUAUAUGGGCUAUAUGGUGGCCAAUAUAAUUUUUUAAAUUGAAUCUCAUCAAGGUAAGUAUCCACUAUUCUACCGACAUGAAGAUCUGCGUCUUGGCACUUACUUACUUUCCGUGUCCGGAAUCCGGAACACCAACAACUUCAAAUUCUGUAUUUCCAAUGGUUGGCCACAUAGAUGGCCUUGUCAUUUGCUAUAAUUAGGUCUUCUUCUGUGCAGGUCUCUCCCAUCUCUGUGCAUGAUAGUAGAUGCCGGCUGGUCUGAACCGCGCCACAGUCGCAGGUAUCGUCCUCCUGGUCCCAUUUUUUCAGGUUACUAGCACAAUGUGAAACGCCGGUUCUUAAUCUGUUUAUCGCUUUCCAAGUCGGAUACGGUAAAUUGUGUCCAGCAGCCAUUUCCUCUGAGGUAGGAAAAUGUGUCGCGGUAGCUGACGCUUGCCAUAGGUGUAUUCGGCGCGUCUCUGGCGCUUCGGGGAUGGAUCUUGAUGUUUUCAGGAAGCUUUUCCGAGAUCUUGGUCUGCUUGGCUGAGUUUGGUGGUCAUAUAAGGGGUGUCUUCGGUCCGUCUCCUGCUUUUUUCGUUCUACCUCUGACGUGACCUUCCUCCUGAUACGUGGUGGAGCAAUUCCAGCUAUGGGGUAUACCUCUUCGAUAGGUGUCGGUUUCAGGCAACCCGAUAUUAUAAGAACCGUUUCAUUUAGAGCCACGUCGACGUUCUUUGCGUGAGCAGAGUUUGCCCAUACUGGUGCCCAAACUCCUGGUGUGGUUGUGCUCCCCAUUUUGUAUUAGUUAGCUUGCGGAUGAUAUUAUUUCUGGCACUUACUUUCUUCUUGACAUCUUGACAGUGGUAUCGGUAAGACAUAGUUCUAUCCAGACGGACGCCAAGGUAUUUUGGCGUCUCGUGUUCCAGCAUCUGACCACGCCAUUCCACCUCCACCGGCCUUCGGGCAUGCUUGUUUCUCAGGUGGAAAGCACAUACCCGGGUUUUUAUGGGAUUGGGUUUCAGAUGGUUUUUAUCGUAGUAUAGAGCUAAGUCUCCCAGGGCAUCUGUCAGUUUCACUUCGACUUCAUUGAAGGUUCUUCCCUGAGCUGCCACAGCUGUAUCAUCAGCGUAAAUAAAUUGUCUUGUUUGUUGGUGUAUGGGUUGGUCGUUGGUGUAUAUGUUGUAUAGUAUCGGCGCGAGGACACUUCCCUGUGGUAGCCCAUUUUUUUGGUCCCACCACCGACUGUUCUUGGACUGGAGCGUUACGUAGAAGCGUCUAUUCUGGAGGAGACAUUUCACUAACCUUGUUAGUCGGAAAUCCUUUGUAGUAUCAUAGAGUUUUGCGAGUAGCUGUUGAUGGUUAACUGUGUCAUAGGCGGCUGUUAGGUCUAUGAACGCUACUCCUGUUAUUUCCUUCCGUUCAAAACCAUCUUCAAUAUGUUGGGUGAGAUUAAGAAUUUGACUGCAGCAACACUUUCCGGGUCUGAAUCCUGCUUGUUCUGGAAUAAUUUUAGUCUCCACAUAUUCUGUGAUCCGGUUCAGUAUAAUUCUUUCAAAGGCUUUGAAAAGGGGGCACAAGAGAGACAGGUCUGAAACUCUUUGUAUCCGCCGGAUCCUUCCCUGGUUUUAAGAGGGCUACCACUCUAGCUUUCCUCCAGAUUUUGGGGAUUUGUAAUGUACGUAUGCAGCAAUUCAUCAUUUUUACGAGCCACUCUAUGGUUUUUAGUCCAAAGUUCUUUAUUUGUUCUGUUCGUAUGUCGUCCAGGCCAGCCGCUUUAUUAUCUUUCAUUUGGUGGAUCGCGCCUCUCAUCUCCUCUAGGCAAAAAGAGGUACCUAGAACAUUUCUUUCUUCGUCGAUAUUCCGUUGAGCUCUCACCUUGUUCUUUCUUGAUGUCGUCUUACCGUUCAUUAGAAGACGAUGAGCUAUCUGAUCGGGUGUGACUUCUGUCAUGUUGACUGCCGGAGCAGCGGGAUCGUUGCCGAGAUUCCGAAUCAGCUUCCAGGCACGUCUGCUGUUUUGUUUCAUGUCCAGACUCGUGACCAGCUUGCACCACCUUUCCGUUCUGUUGGCGGAUAUCGCAUGUAACAUUUCCUCCCCAUCCUGUAUUGUCGCUUCCGAGAAAGGGUCUUCUUCAUAUAGCUGUUCGUAUAUUUUAAGUAGGGGUUUAGAUUCUUCAUUGAGCCCCGCUAUGUACUCAGUUCGACAACCUCUAGGGAUAAAUUUCCGUGACACUUGCUUUACGAUUUCUACAAAUUGAUCGUAUGAAUCAGAGCAAGGUUCUAGCUGGGACACUUCUUGAUCCAAUGCUUCAGUUAAUUUUUCCCAUUUUGCUUUAGUAAAGUUGAACCUUCUCUUGAAAGGAACAAUUUCGUAUCUGAUUGCCGCGUUGGAAAGACAAAUUAUUGAUCUGUGCUGUGUCUUUGGGAGGGCGCUUCCAACGAUUUUUGUCACCUGGUCUCCAAUUCUGUCGCUGACAAAUAUAUUGUCUGGGUUAUAACCUCUGCGCCAUCUUCCGCUGUUGAACGACGCAGGCUGCUUUGGAUCGUGAAUAAGUUUUAGGUUCAUGCUUUCAGCCCAUUUUUCUAGUUCUUCGCCAUUGGAAUCUGUUUCGUUAUAACCCCACGCGACACUAUGACAGUUUAAGUCACCCAGUACGAAUUUGAUUUGCUGUGAUUGAAAGUUACUCGGUUACUCAAAAGCAAAGUCAGCGUCUGGUGGUUUGUAGAUUGACGUCACUGUACAGGAGUUCAUCUCCACUGUGAGGAUCUCGAUGUCAUUUUGAUCUGUUAGAGAUGUGGACGCUAUGUCGAUAUCUGGUCUGACGAAGACUGCGCUACCAUAUUGGUCGUGUGGUCUCUCCAGUAUAAGCUUCAUGCCCCGAAUCCUUGAACCAAUAGAACAUCGACACCAUGUUCUCUGCACAUAUUAGACAAUAAGUCUUCUUUAUCCGCUGAUAGUCCUUCAAUAUUAAUUGAGGUCGUCAUUAAAAAUGGCCUUGAUAAAGACCGUUUUGAUUCUGAUUGCAUCUGUGGUGCACCGGUGUUGAAAGGAUUAGCCGACAUUACUCGUUUCCAGGGGACGCCCAAUUGUAUUCACAAGUGAUCACAAUCUACGUGGAGGCUCCUUUCAUGUCCCCCGUCUUGCGUCUUGGUGCAUUAACACGAAUGUGUUAUCCCAUAUGGCUGACAAAUGGCAAAACAUGAUCUUCUAAAAUGUUUUUAAUGUACAUAUCAGCUGUCAUUCACCCAAUCAUCUCCACAAGUUAGGUAUCUCCUUUCCAAAAAAUACCACUCCCUAGCACUAUGCCGGCACUACCAAAAUUAACACUAUGAAGUUACAUCUGGAAUACCGUUCAUUAUAUGGAAGCAAGAUUUACAAAACUUAGUCUACAGAAGAGUUGGCGAACAGUAUGUCAGUUGUAACCUCAUACAAUGCGUUACUUUUGGUGGCGGCGGCAUAAUUCUACGGAGCGGUAUUGUUUUGAAAGGACAUCCCGAACACGUGGAUGUGCUUAGGCGAAUGAAAACUGAUAUGUACAUUGAAAACGUUUUACAAGAUCAUGUUUUGCUAUUUGAAAGCCAUAUUGGAUAUGACAUAUCGGUGCUAAUGGACGUCUUCAUGUCGCUAGCAUAGUGAAUAUAUAGUUACCUUGAUGAAAUUCAAUUUAAAAAUUAUACUGGCCAGCAUAUAGUCCAGAUCAGAUUUAAAUCCGAUUAUAGUAUCUAUACUAUAUGACAGCAGCAUCUAUCUAUACCAUAUGGCUACGGACAGCAGCACAAAAAAUUUCAUUGCACAUGCAUAUGCAAUAUUUUUGUCAGUGAGUAUAUUUUAUUUUUUGUUAUAUUUUUAUUUUAUUUUACGGAGGGAUAAGUAGCGGCUUUUUCCAGGCUGACAUAUUGGAAUCUGCAUAUCUUUUAUAUGCCAACGAAGUGUCAUUGAUGAAAUAUUCAUGCCAGCCAUAAUUUUGCUUAACAUUUUGUUAUUCUAUUUUUUGCCAAGAAAAUGUCGCGAACUUUUCCUUCAUCAUGUUUUGCUGUGAUUUGUUAAUUUUUUCUGUUGUGGCUUUUAAAUUUUAUGAAAUGGUUCUAAUUUUGUCACCCAUUGUAUAUUAAUUUAUUGGCAGAUUUAUUUUUUAAAAGAAGCAGAAGUCCGAAUACAACCCACUCUUUGUACAAUUAAGUCUGAUUUAUGUUAGAACGGGUCGUGUACAAAACGGCUGUGUUGCAGGAGACGUUGAAGAAUCGUGUGAUAUGAAAGACAUUGGAUAGUUUAUGGUAUAACGUGACGGGCCGGCAACGGGGAUAGGCCCCGUCUACCGGCCGUGCUCGCCCCACUCCAUCUUAACAUAAACUACGUGUCGGCGGUCGCAACGUGCUAUUCACGGGCAACUAUUGUUUUUGAUCAGUCUGGCUUCUCGGUGUGUUUAUAUAUUAUUAUACAUUAUAUUAUGAUAGUAUAUUGAAACAUUAUUAUAUUAAUAUGUUUCAUUAUUAUAUUAAAAUGUUAAGUGAAACGAGGGGCCUACAUGAAGUAUAAAACAUCAAAUACUCCAGAAUCCAGAGACACCUAUAGAAGAAUACGAAGUGAAACAAAGCAGUUGGCAAGAAGAACAAAAAAUGAACACUGGGAACGGUUUACAAAAAGGAUGGAAAGCGACUUCUACGGUACACAAAAACAAAUAUGGAGAUUCAUAAGAAACCACCGGAAAGAAAUGGCCGAAUUGAAGGAAUACAAUAACAUACCAGCAAACGAAUGGGAAAGAUACUUGACGGAACUGUUUAAAGGAAAGGAAAAUAAUAAUCAACACAAUAACGUACCUGAAUUAAGACACGAAAUAGAAAUCAGUUUUCAGGAAGUAGAGAUAGCCAUAAACUCACUCAAAAAUAGAAAGUCACCAGGACCAGACGGAAUAACCAACGAGCUUCUAAAAUACGGAGGAGAAAGUAUAACCCUAGAGAUGACAAAACUUAUACAAAAAUUAAUAUUGCACUGCAAGAUACCAGACGCAUGGAGAAACAGCAUAAUGAUACCAAUGUUCAAGAAAGGAGACAAAGAGGACCCCAACAAUUAUAGAGGUAUAAAUCUACUGAACACCACACUUAAGCUAACCACAAAAGUCCUACCCAACAAAAUCAAUAAACUAACAAUUUUAUCAAAUAAACAACAAGGAUUCAGAUCCGGAAGAUCCUGCGUAGACGCCGUAUUUAUACUGAGACAAUACACAGAAAAAUAGUUGAAAGACUGAUAAGUUUGUACACACUUGAAUGAAUAAGGGAAUUGAAAAUGUAGUAUGUCAAAGUGUGUAAAUAAUUUAUUUCUUUAGUUGAGCGCUUUCGACAUAAACGUCAUCAUCGGAGCUAAUGGUCAAAUAUUAAAAAAGUACCGCUACAUAGAGGUGUAAUCAUCAAAAGAGGUGUAACAAUCAAAAAAUCACAUUUACAUUCAUAAGAUGCACAUGAUUACACCUCUAUGUAGCGGUACUUUUUUAAUAUUUGACCAUUAGCUCCGAUGAUGACGUUUAUGUUGAAAGCGCUCAGCUAAAGAAAUAAAUUAUUUACACACUUUGACAUACUACAUUUUCAUUUCCCUUAUUAAAUCACAGAAAAGGCCAUCGAGUACAAUAAACCAGCAUAUCUAUGUUUUAUAGACCUGACAAAGGCUUUCGAUCGCAUCCAAGUCAAAGAUGUCUUACACUUACUCUAUAGAAGAAACAUACCAAUCAAUAUACAAACCAUCGAAAACAUCUACUUCCAUAUUCGAAUACAGGCAAAGAUAAAUGGAAAACUAACACAGUUUAUACCAGUACAAAGCGGAAUUAGAUAAGGUGACUCGUUAAGCACACUUCUCUUUAAUAUAAUAAUGGACGAAAUAAUAGAAGCAGUACAUAAAAGUCAUGGUUACAGAAUGGGGAACAAAGAAAUCCGAAUAUUAUGUUAUGCAGACGACGCCGCAUUAAUCGCCGAGACAGAAGACGAUCUUCAAAGAUUAACACACAUAUUCAAUACAACAGCUAAGAAAUACAUAUAUAAUAUCAGCAGAAAAAACCAAACGUAUGACAACAUCUAAAUACCCACUACGAUGUAAAAUCGAAAUUGAUGGGAAAAUAAUAAAGCAAGAAGCAAGGUUUAGAUCUGGGAAUAAAUAUAACCAGUUACGGAGAUGUUGAAGAGGAAGUACGGCAACAAAGCUUAAAAGCAAGUAAAGCGGCGGGAUCUCUUAAUGACACAAUCUGGAAGAACCAACACCUAAGACAAGACACAAAAGCAAGAAUCUAUAAAGCAGCAAUUAUACCUAUUUUGACAUACACGGUGGAGACAAGACCGGACGCAUCUAAAACGAGACGAUUACUAGAAACAACAGAGAUGAAAAUACUCCGACGAAAAUCAGGGAAAAGUCUGUUGGGUAGGGAGAGAAGUGAAAACAUAAGAAGAUCAUGCAAUAUAGAAGACAUAAAUGAAUGGGUGACAAAACAGAAAAAGGAGUGGAACUAACACAUUAGUAGAAUGGCAGAGGAUAGGAUAGUACGAAAAGCACGAUAUGUCACCAAAUAGACGAAGAAGUAUUGGCAGACCAAGAAAAAGAUGGUGCGAUAAUUUAAACAAUUUAGGAGGCUAAUAUUUUGAAGUUUACAAGAAGGAAGAAGUUUUACAUUUUCGAAAUGCACAGUUUGGUCACUACAAGAUGCCCUCAUUUAUUGAGGAUAUCGUGAGCCAAUGAGUUUUUUAUACUAUACUCUAUGAACUGAUGAUACUUACACAGAUAUGAACAUUGCAUUUGUCGCAUGUCAAUAUAGAAAUGUCGCACGAAUUAUAGAAACCUAUAUUUCAAAAAAUUAAAUAUUUUGUUCGAAAGCUGUUAGAUUGCAGCACAAGUACUCUUUGGACGGAAUAAGAUGUCCAUAAUCGUGGACAAUGUGUUACAAGAGUAAAAACAUAUGGAGCUAUAUACAAAAAACUACAGAAUAGGUUGUCCUCAAAUGAGGACACGGUGAACGAAAGUGUUAAAUCCACUAAAGACACUCGCAAAUAAAACUAAUUUAAAAAAACCCGUGCAGAAGCCGGAAGCGACCCGUCGUACCAUAAAUCAAACCCCGUGCGGAGCCCGUUUGUUCCACGGCCCGUGUCGUACACGUCCCGUCCUAACCUAAAUCAGCCCUUAUACAUAGACUAAUUAAUAGUCACCUUGUUAAAAUCAUGGUAUACUUUUUAUGUAAUUCUUUAAGAAUGUUGAAAUUGAAAUGUAAUUAAUGUGUUCUUAUAUCUUUUAACUAGUUCUGUGUUUUUUGUAUGCAAUUAUUGUAGAAUAUUUGAAUAUUCAAAACACACUUUUUGGAAUUCUAUUUUCGAAAAAUAAAAUCUAUUUUCUAAAA